AUGGCGGGCGCACACUUCUUUGCGAAUCAGGAAUCACAAGGCCCGGUUGCCGUGGCAGCAGCGCCCCCCCCCCCCCCCCGCAAGGCAGGAGUUUGGCCAGGACCUCAGGCCGAGGCAGCCGGAGCCAUGGCCACCAAGUGGUUCCGUGGCGCGGUGCCCUUUCGCAUGCAGAGCCACAGAUUUGAUGUCUCCGCUGUUUAUCCCAGUCAGAAGAAAUUCAGCACCUUCACAGAGGCCCCAUAAUCCGGGCUUCAUUCCGUGGAAAUGUCUCACGUAGGACCUGGGACCUAUGGCUGUAAGGAGACCUGUUUCAUCAAGAAGAAGCUGAAGAAGGAAGUGGGUACAGGCUGGGCCAGGGCCCAGGAAGCCACCAGGCUCACCCAGCUGCCCCAUGUCCAGUACCAGGCCAUCAUGAGAGAGAGGCAGCUGCAGAAGGAAAAGCUAGGGCCUGGCUCCUACGAAUUCAAAGACUUCUUAGAACUUCUGCAACAGAAACCAUGCAGCACCCGGGGGCUGCUCAGCUCCGGGGAGAUUCGCUUCUGAGGACUCAUGGGGAACUACUAUCCAGGCCCUGGAAAUGGUGGCAAGAAGGGCAACCCGUACACAAAGCUGGAGGAGAAGGCCUGGAACCAGUCUCACUCCAAGGGCCUCAUGUGCAGGAUGACCAACAAGCCACCCCCCUGGCUCCUCAGACUCCCAGAGCAGGGGAGUGGUCUGGCACCUGGCAUCUACUCCUUCAAAAGUGGCAUUGAGGCAUACCUGGCACAAUCCAUGGGCACCCGGGGCCUCUAUGACACUUUCUCUGGUGACUGAAGCAAGCCCCAGCCUUACGGACAUUACUCUGUGCAGAAAAAAAAGCCCAAGGAACUGAUGAGUUUUAAGAGCUUCAUGGAAGAACUUAACUCACGUCAUAAUAAGAAGCGUGGGGUUUUUUCAAAAGCUUCCCGAAACUCGGAAACUUCUACAGAGAGGAUUUACUGGGCCACCCUUAGCCAGUGUCCCCGAAAACAAGCCACAUCUGGUCCAGGUAUGUGGCUUCCUCCAGAGCAGAAAUGCAAGCAAGUUAACCAGCCACCAUUCCUGCUGUCUUCCAAGCAGACAGGCAUAAAGGCCUACCAGAUAAUUUUGGGAAGCUGGAACCCCGUGGGUGUGGGCCGCUACCCCAACACCUGGCUGAUGGAGACAAAGGACCAACGGCAGCGAUAUCGGUCCCUGUCUUUGGGCUUUUACCAGAGAAAGUGCUUCUGA